UGGUAACUAUCUCAACCACACAUCCUGUUCAAGUGUCUUUGUUGGAGUAGAUGCGCUGCCUCUGCAGUGGAUUGUGUUUGUGUGGUUUGGCGUGAUGUGUCUGUGCGUGGUGUCCUCUUUCCUCGUGCACAACAGGCCAGCAUGACCAGAGAUUAAUUAUUCAAGGACUGCCAAAGGUGGAGUCAUCUGAUAGGACGGACCCACAAUAUUACAACCUGAUAUGAGGUGAACGCUAGCUGCUUCGUCUGCUUUCUGCUCGUUUUUGUACUGUACCGUCACUGUUAAGGACGACUUAGCAAAGAGGACUUGGACAGAAACCUGCUACAGAGGAAGCAUUUUUUUUCUCCGUUUUGUGUCUCCGUUAAUGCUUCGUUAGUGUUUCUUUUUUUAUCAAUGCUUGUCCCUAACAAACAGCUGAGCCUUGGUCGCUCUCACAGUUGGGAUACGUUAGGAGGGAAUGAGGGUCAGUGGGACAGAGCUGAGAGUGUCUACGAGCAGCAGGCGAGAGUAGCGGGCCGGCGGAGUUCUCUGUCUUACGGAGAGGGAGGAGGGUGGUACGAACAUCCACCGGGAGUGCGUCCCCCUGACCUGGAUUUAAAGCGUGACCCAUAUUCCUAUCAAGACUCUGUCUACGGGCAAAUUUACGGGGAGAGACACGAUCCACGGGGGCUGAGGAAGAGCUCCGUGCCAGAUCUAAACCACUACGAUCGAGUGCCCAUGGCUCAUCGAGGGUCUAUUCCACAUCAGGAUUACUAUUCCCAUGACCCGGCCAUGACUCCCCGGCCACCUGAGGGCUUUUACCGACCCGAGGGCCAGCCUCUGCCACCUCAUGCUCACCCUCUAAGUAGGUCAGGAUCUCAUUUUGGGUUGACACAUGGGGCUCGGGGUUCAUGGGAUCAAGCUCCGGGAAGCAGAGGAGGACCUCAAGCUUCUUCAUCACCUCUACCACCUCCCGCUCCUCCUCCCACUGCUCAUGAGUUGAAUCGGGCUUAUAGGGAACCCGGUGCCAAGAUAAUGCCAGAUGGGCAACAGCGCAUACCCUCCCGAGACCCAUCUCCUGCUCGUUAUGGUCUGGAGCCUACCUCCCCUCGGUACGCCAGUGAACCUCCACCUCUGACAGGUCAGUCUCUCUAUACUGAUAUUAAUGGUCGUCCAUUGGAUCCACAGCAGCAGGCUGCAACCUGUCUGGUGAUAGAUCCUGCCAGUCAAGGUAUGAUUAUGAGACAAGAGACGGCCUCGCCUUACACCUUCCAGCAACAGCAGCAAUUACAACAGCAACAACAAAUUCAGCAGCCACAGUUGCAGCAGCAACAACUUCAGCAGCAACAGUUGCAGCUUCAGCAACAGCAACUCCAGCAGCAACAGCUUCAACAACAACAGUUACAGCAACAACAACUUCAGCAAGAACAAAUGCAGCAGCAUUUGCAACAACAGUCACUGCCUCCCCCUCCGACCAUGCCUGUGUCUGACCCUAACCUUUCUAUGGCACCUCCACUUCCUGUCCUACCUGCCCCUGUCCAGACUGCUCAGACUGCCCCAGUUGCACCAGUUGUUCCUGCCCCUGUACAGACUGUUCCUCCUCCUCCUCCUCCAGCCACUCCACUUCCAGCUCCCGUUGCUGCUCCUCUCCCUGCUGCCCCACAGACACCUUUGCCCGUGGACCCCAAGAAGACGAUAGAUCCCGAGUUCCUUGCUCUGCUGAGAAAUGAGGGCCUCUCAGAGAGCACUAUUUCCUCACUCAUCCAGCAGGGAUUUGACUCGACUAGCAUGCUGGCGGUUAUGGAGGAGAACGACGUCCGCACUGUCGCCCCCAAUCUCGGCCAAGCUCGUGUGCUGUCUCGCUUGGUCCACAACUGCAAGCGUCCUAUUGAAGCUCCAGGAGCACUCUCCCAACCUCAGACGCCAAUGAGAGGUCGCUCUAACAGCUUUAGCCAUCGCGCAGACGUCUACCACCAGCAGCCACAUCACCAUCCAGCGCAUCCUUCACAAGCUCUAACUGUGGACCCUCAACUUAUGCCCCCACCAACUCCUGGGGCCAUGCAGGCAAUCUCUGCAAGGAUGGGAGAAGUAAUGGGUAGGAGGCCUAGCAGUGCACCUUCCCACCACCUUCUGGAAGCCUCUGGAGGUUACCCAGGCCAACCACCCCGCUCCCCAGGACCAUACAGUGGAGCCAUCAUGCCUGUUCAAUCAAGGCCCAUGUCAGCUUACUCUGCUGGCGUUGCCGUGUCAGGGAUGCCCAUACAAAGUAUGCAGAUAAUGCCACAGCAAAUGACUGGGUCAAUGCCCGCCUUACCCGGGCCUAUUCACACUGUAGCAGGUAUCCCGCAGCAAAUGCCUAUGUCAUUGCCAGCUUUACAGCAGCCGCCCCAGCAGGUACCAAAAGCAUAUUCAACCAAUUACACAGUACCCAUGGAGCUGAUGAAGCGCGACAGGAACUUACUGCCACUGUCACCUAUGCACAGCCCUCACCCAAGUCCUCAGUUGAUGCGCAAGGUCGGAGGACUUGCUUCAGACAGUGCCCUCGUCCCUGUAGGAGUGCCUAUGCAAGGGCAAAGUGCCCUGGUUGCUAACCAGAAGCUAAGUCGGCGAACGGGUCCACCAGUCAUCGUAUCCACUAUGGCGUCUCCAGAUACAAGUAUCCGGCCCCAGAUUAUGAAUGGGCCCAUGCACCCGCGCCCCCUGGUGGCGCUGCUGGAUGGACGCGACUGCACCGUGGAGAUGCCCAUCCUCAAAGACCUGGCCACCGUGGCUUUUUGUGACGCUCAGUCAACACAGGAGAUACAUGAAAAGGUGUUGAACGAGGCGGUAGGAGCCAUGAUGUACCACACCAUCACGCUGACCAGAGAGGACCUGGAGAAGUUCAAGGCGCUGCGCAUCAUCAUCCGCAUCGGCAGCGGCUACGACAACAUCGACAUCAAGGCUGCCGGGGAGCUCGGCAUUGCGGUGUGCAAUAUUCCCUCAGCGGCUGUAGAAGAAACCGCAGACUCAACACUUUGUCACAUCCUCAACCUGUACCGACGAAACACCUGGCUGUACCAGGCUCUCCGGGAGGGCACGCGGGUCCAGAGUGUGGAGCAGAUCCGCGAGGUGGCAUCAGGGGCAGCCAGGAUCCGCGGAGAGACACUUGGCCUCAUCGGUUUUGGUCGCACAGGCCAAGCCGUAGCGAUGCGAGCCAAGGCCUUUGGCUUUAACGUCAUCUUCUACGACCCCUACCUCCAGGACGGCUUGGAGCGCUCGCUGGGCGUCCAGCGAGUCUACACGCUCCAGGACCUGCUUUACCAGAGCGACUGCGUGUCCCUGCACUGCAACUUAAAUGAACACAACCACCACCUCAUCAAUGACUUCACCAUCAAGCAGAUGCGUCAAGGUGCUUUCCUCGUCAACUCUGCGCGGGGAGGUCUAGUGGAUGAGAAAGCUCUGGCUCAGGCCUUGAAGGAGGGCCGGAUACGGGGAGCUGCCUUGGACGUGCACGAGUCGGAGCCCUUCAAUUUUUCACAAGGUCCUCUGAAAGACGCCCCCAACCUGAUCUGCACACCACACACUGCCUGGUACAGCGAGCAGGCGUCACUGGAGAUGAGGGAGGCUGCGGCCACAGAGAUCCGCAGGGCCAUCACUGGCCGUAUCCCCGACAGCCUCCGGAACUGUGUCAACAAAGAGUUCUUUGUCACCACGGCCCCCUGGGGAGUGAUGGAGCAGCAGCAGCCUCAAGUUCACCCUGAGAUCAAUGGUGCUGCCUACAGCCGAGUGAACCAAACCAUGGUACAGGCCAUAGCAACGGGGGGAAUGCAGGACAAAUUAUAUACCUAAUUCUCAACCAGAUUUCCUUCUUGUGUGGUGGGCGUUCCUGGACCUAUGGAGGGGUUGGUGCCUGGGGGAGUCCCCAUCGCCCACACCUUGCCCCCUGGUACCCAUCCAUCACAGGCCACCUCCCCUAAUCAACCCUCCAAACAUGGCGACCCCAUGAGAGAGCACAUGACUGAGCCGUAGGACUGCUGCUCAACGAACGAGCAGGGGGCUCGACCGACUCGACCAUCCAACAACAUUUGACGUCAGCCGUCUGAAUCGAGCAGCAGGCCGCCUGCCGGGCAGACGUUCACGCGUUUUCCUUUUUUUGUAUGAAACCACUAAGCCCUGAGUGAGGACGGUGGAUGCUGAACCACGCACACGCUGCCACUCUGAGAUGGGACUGACCGUCAAACUCAUGCACCGAAGAUCUGCAACCUCUCCUCCAUCCUUUUCUGUUUUUGGUCUUUGUUGAUUUGAGUCAUAUUUUAGUUUUUAUCUUUAUUUUUGAGUACAUGUUAGGGGGGUUCCUCUUGACUCUGGGACAUGCUGACAUUCCCACAUAGAGGAAGGAUAUCUGACCCAUUUUGUUUGGUUUCAAAGGAAGAGGAUCACAGAUUCGUCAAGCUUUCUUACCCCCCUCUUUUCUUUACAUUUCAACCAUUUCAGUACAAACAACUGUGAGUUAUUUUUAUUUUUAUUAUUUUUAUCCUAUAAUCUGUGUUUCUGUUGCAAAUGAAUCUCUGUAUUUCUGUUCUCCUAUGUGUGAAAAUGAAUGGACGUACAGUUGCACAUUCGUUUUAGCAGACGAGAAACAUCAGCUGAUGUGGUGACCACAACGCCGUCACAAAUCCGGACUCUGCUCUUCUCUCCUCCUUUUGGCUGGUGGCUAAUGAAUGUAGAGGCGGUUCCCAGUUCCAGGAAGAAUAAUUCAGCUCAUAAGGAAGACGUGGCCCUUUAAAACAAGAACGUGUUUAAAAAUUUCCAUUGGUGGUUAGGAAAUGAAUGUUGAGUGUCUGCUCAAUAUAUAAUACUGUUACAGGUACAUCUGCUGAUAUGAGGUACCUAGAAAAUUUGAUUAUUGUCCCAAUCGUUAUCUGAUUGCAUAUAGGACCUAUAAUAAAUUGCAGCACCAGCCAGCACAGUAGAAAGAAAAAGUAAAUUUCUUAACAACUCAGGAAAAAGAAUUAAUUUAUAAUCCGUCAAAAUCUAAACAGGAAGUGAAAACAACAAGUCUGGAUUAUUGCUUUUCAUGUGUCCACUUCUUUCUCCAUUGUGGUAUUUUUAUAUAUAUAUAUAUCAAAUGUACGUUUUCGAUGUUCAAGCUUUUCAGUCCUGUUAGAUUUGUAUUGACCUUUAUGCUUUGUAUUGCCGUACGUUCUUAUAAUCAUAGUCUUACGUGAUCACCUCACCUCCUCCUCCUCCACCUUUUGUUUUCUUCUUUGUUUUUCUGCUCUAAUAAAUCCAGCUGUGGCUCUCGGAGGCAUCGCGCCCUCUGAACAACAGCAGCCGCAUCCAUCCCUUUACCCCUGUGACGUUAGCAAGAGACGGCUGCUAGCAGAUUGUUUGGUUUUUAGUGUGAGUGUUUGUAUUUGUUUCUUGUACAAGGUGAACAAUAUAGCAUACAGUGCAGCUGGAAACAAUAAAUAAAUCUUACUGUUCUGAUUGA